AUGUAUCGCCAGACGAUGUUGUUCAUCGCCUUCUUGCUCGCCCUGCAGUACGCAUCAGCAGUAACACUCAACGACUUCACCCCGCGUCUGAACGAUCUGACUGGCUCCUGCCAAACCAUCUACACCUCCGACAUUGAUGGCUGCGUCGGUCAAGAUUUCCAGAGUGGAGAGUGCUCUUCCUCUUGUGUCUCAGCCUUGCUCUCAAUGGGAUCAGCCGUCAGAAACUCCUGUCAGGGCCAACACAACGAUGGUAGUAAUAUCAUUGCUGCCUUCAUGAAUGGUCAGGGUGCACAAAACCUGUGUAGAAAUGCUGCCAGUGUGAUUAAGGCCAGCGCUGCCCAGCAAACCUCAGCAUCAUUCUCCAUCGGCUCCAGCACCAUGACUGUCAGCGAUACGACCCCCAGCACCACUGGUAUCAUAGUCGAUACGUCCAGCUUGAGCACUAGCGUCGUCACCGCGCUUAGUACCGCUACGAUCCAGCCACUUCCUCUGUCAAGCAGUGCUGGCGACUCCGACGACCCUGCAGAGAUCACCGGCGUCACAUCUACCAUCACCGGCACAUCACUCGCCUUCGCAACCAGCACACCAUCGUCGGUGCUCAUGGCCACCAAAACCGCACUCUCAUCAACUCAAUCUGCCAAGCACACCAACACCCAAGAUGGCAAUGGUGGUACUCCGUUCGACACAUCUGCAGCUCCCAGAAGCAGCGCUUCUUACCUGGCAUUGCUGAGCGGUGUCCUCGCUUUCAUGUUCCUAUGUUGA